UGCCUGCAUGAUGUGACAAAAGCAGAUCUGCCGCUGAGCUGGAUUGGCUGUACUCUAGGCGGGGAAGAUGUGUCCUAAAGUAUUUUCAGUAACUAAUUCUGUUUCCAUCUAUCCUCUUCCUGAAGAGCUGUUCUGACCCUGGAGCUAAGGAAGUAUGACCUGUCUGGCUGUGUGACAGAGAUACAAUUGGCUGAUCUUACUUAAAAGCCUUAGCAGGUUAUGCAAUGAUCUCAAGGUCACCAGCAUCACGUUACAUUUGGAGCUGCUGUCCUCUUACAGUUGCUGUAGCAGAACAGCGAGUGCUGCCUGCAGAUUGGCCUCCAGCAGGAGUCCCCACUCCUCAUCUUGGUGUGAAAGAGGACUGUGAGACCUUAGCUGGAGUUGUGAUGCAGCAGUGAAAAGGUGACACUUGCAGAUGCUCAAUUGCUGAGCUUUCAUGGCAGAAUGAACCUGUUAACUGCAGAGCUCUGGCUCUUUAGUAUUGGGUGAGUUCCCAGUCCCUUGCCUGGAUUUUGAGCAAGUCCAGGUCUAGAUGGUGAAAGCUUGCAGCAGAUGGAGGCUGGUGUUGAAAGUCCUGCCUCUGCUGAAUGUCAGGACCUAAAUUCUUGGUGGUAGAUGAUAUUCUGAGCUGUGUCUGGUCUGAUCUGUGGUGCCUUGUGGUCUCCUGAAAGAUGGCCAAGGGGAAAAGUGGACGCCAGAGACGCAAAGCCCAAAUGUGGGUGCUGAGCUGUAGAAAGGCACCAGUGUGAGGGAGUUGUUUUAAGUUACUGCCUUUAGGAAAUAACUGCUGAACUGCUGUUGGUGUAUGCUGGUCUGAGGGGAGAAGCUCUUAAGAAAAACCAAUAGGAACACUUGCAGCAGAUCUGCUGUCUCCACCACCUUUGUAUCAAGAAAAUGUGCCCUCUUUGCUUUGGCCCUCUUGGAGCUGGGGGGACUCUGCUGGGUGUGGGUGGGUGGCAGGUGCCUGCUGUCAUGCUGACUUGGGGGGGAGGGGGUCUGCAAACCAGCCCUGGCUUGGCUUGUCCCUUCACAUGCUGCCUGAAUUCACUCACUGCCCACAGCCACAACCAGUCCUGGAGCUUGGUGUUUGAGCUGGCGCAGUGGAAGGCAGAGGUCGUCACACCUGGUGUACAAGGGCUGUGGUGGGGAGAGGGGUCCUUGCCUGCACUGCCAGACCUCCUGUGGAGGGGAAGUGGGUGCCUGGCUCUUACCUGCUAGGCCAGGUGAGGUCACCCCAGGUUCUCUAGCAAGGAUUCACAGCCGGUGACUUCAGAGCUUCCUCUCCUGCCAGCAGAAUGGCAGAAAUAGAUUGUCUGCUGGCUCCAAACUGAAUUCAAGACAUGUAACUGGAGCAGGUGGCUCUGCCUAGGGAAGGUUCUUCCUCCCAUAGAGGAGCCACCUUGGAAAAACAUGAGGUUCAGCCCCAGCUCCUUGUGUGAGCUGACUUCUGCCUCCUUAGAGCUACUGUAGUAUGUCCAAGUGACUGCUGAAUAGAGCCCCCCUUCAAAGCCACGCCUUUGUUUUUAGGAGAUGAUGGAGUUUUGCUGGUGUGUGGGAUCACCACCCUAAAGCAGGCCCUCUUGAUGCAGAGGCUGAGCUGUGCCAUCCUCCUGAGGAACUUAGCGACAACUCUGAGUCCAGUGCUCCCUUUCCUCUGGGUAUUCACUGGUGAAUUCAGAUGCAGGAUUUUCCAGUUCACUUAUGUUCAUCAGAGCUCCCAUUUAAUCCAGAAGAUCAAUGCAGUCUGGAAGGAGGGCGAUGUGGUGAAGAAGGUCUUGUAUGUCCCUGUGGGGUUUAGAGGCAUUUUCUUUGGUGAGUUAUGCUUUGAAGAGGAUCUGUUGAGGUUUAGAGUGGGAGAGGUUUGCUGCCCCUUUCUCUGUGUUUUAGGACAAUCUGGGGUUCCCAGGCAACCGGUUUCUUGCCCUUUGCUGCUUCUCUACAGGCGAGUGCUGGUCCCUCCACUGACCGCCGCUCAGGACCGCUCGUACCUGCAGCCUGCGCUGACAUCUCUUCAGAUGAGCUGUGAAGAUCCGGCUGUGGCGCUGCAGGUUCACCGUCUCUUGGCCUUUGCUGCAGACAGGGAAUGAGAUCUGGCAUACGGGUAUGGUCACGCUGGAUUCGGGGGCACGGCAGACAUAGCAGGGAACAGCUGAGGCAUAGCAGGGGACUGAGAACUGCCCGGUGUUGUGGCCAGCACAGGUAGGAUCCCCACACGGUGAUCAGCAGGACUCUGAACCGCAGUAUUUUGGCCAUGUCUGCUGGUCUUUGGUGCCAGGAACACACUGGGUUGUGAGCACAGAUGAACAUUUUAACUUAAUUUCAUCAAACAGGAGUGGGAAAAAGUAGUGAGCCCUGGCCCUUGCCUUUCCCCUUCUACAAACUUGUCCUGGUCACAAGGGGAAGGAGCUGGAGAUUGCAGCUGAGUCACCAGGGGAUAUUUUGGCCAUGAACUCUCACCAAGUUGGUCAUGAUUGAGAAAUCCCCAGGGCUGACACAUACGUCAGUAGUUGGAGAGUCACUUCAAAUAGCAGAGAGAGCAAAGGCUUAGGGCUAUGUGUAUCUGGCAGCUUCAGCAGCAAGUACUGGGUCAGGCAAAGGCUCGUGACCAGCUGUGGGCAAGGACUUGUUCUGUUUGUUCCCUGUUGCUCAUUGCAGAUAUCUGCUCUCUGAAGCCGAGGGGCAGAAUUUGAGCCAGAGGAGCCCUUCCUACAGAGUUGGGAGCAGAGGAGCUCUGCUGGCAGCUCUCCUGCCCUGUUGCCUAACCACCGGGCAUUGCUGUCCAAAGCUUGCUGCGUCCCGUCCUUCGAUGGUGGUAGCACGUCCUCUUCAGGAUGUGCUUAUGCCAGAGGCAGGGCUCUGCCUCAGAGCUCCAUUUCCUCUCAAACCUGGAGCAUGCACAGGGCCAGUUGUGUCAGGAACCACUUGCAAACAUCUUUGGCUUGUAGACACCUUGGGAGCAUGGCUGGGUGCUGCAGAGGGGAGGGAAAGGGCCGUCCCUGGAAUGUGAUGUGGCUGAGCCUGUGCCAGGAGGUAUUGACUGUGUAGGGGACACUGAAGAGCCCGCCGACCACCCUGCUGUGAAGGGUGUGGAGACGUGCUGUGGGCUGACCAGCACUUGCCUGUGCUUGUCUCAGAAUGCAGCAUCUUUGGGUCCUGUGGUGGAUGUCACAGAAAGGGGUGGCUUUUCACCUGGUGAGUCUAGUGGCCUUUAGCUGUAACGCUCUGCUAUCUUUCCGUGCGAGGCACCAGCUGUGUUGCAGUUGUUUUCUGCUGCGCUGGCUCCCUUGGGAAAUGCCUUCUGGUGGGUGACUUCGGCAGCCACCCACGUGUGUUUGCCCAUGGCUGCUGUUUCUGAGGUGGUCCUGGCGCAGGGGCAGCAUUGCCAGCACCGUCAGCAGCUCCCAGCCCAUACCACAGUACAAUCAUUCUUGCCACAGCCAUGAAGAUCAUUGGAGAAGGGAGCAGCAACUUUAUUUAUAUUUCUUCUGUGAUGAGGCAGCUGCUGUGGCGCUCUGGCGUGUCCUGUCUUUCAUUCUGCCUGGUGGCCCCAGCCUGCUGCUGUCACAGGGCAUCCUCGGUGCAGCGCAGAUCAGGAUCCUGCCCUCCUGUGUGCCUGGUGGCAGAGGGCCCAAGGCAAAAGGUCCGAGUGUGAGACCAGAAGGAAACCUCUCUGCUCAGCCAGUCGGAGAGGUGAGAUGGUCAGCAGCACCUCCGCAGGGCUGAGGGGCUGCGGUGGGCUGUGCACGCGCUGGAGGCAGUGGCCCAGCCUGGGCUGAAGGUGGGCGGUGGGCUGCAAUGCUCAGCUCCUGCCCCACUGCUUCGAAGUCCCUCGCUGAAACCCAACUGCAGCAAACGAGCGACGUGGGGAGCUGGAGUCCCAAAGCCCUCAUAUCAUUUACAUACGCCUCAUCGGUGACAGUGGCACCGCAGCCUUGGGUCAUGUAGCACUGCAGACCCUCUCUGAAAGAGCCUCCCGUCCUCUGCUUCCUGCCAUGGCCUUGGGCUUCGUGGUCCUGCUCCUGGUGGGGACGGUGGGGGCAGCUUCCAGGGCUCAGCCUGUGCUGACCCAGCCGUCCUCUGUGUCGGUGCUGCCGGGGCAGACCGCUCGGCUGUCCUGUACCCUGAGCCCGCAGUACAACAUCAGUCAGUUUGGAAUCUCCUGGUACCAGCAGCGCCCGGGGCACUCCCUGCGGUAUCUACUCUAUUACAACUCCGAGCGAGACAAGCAUAGAGCCGCCAAGAUUCCUGACCGCUUCUCUGCUACCAAGGACCUCGCCAGCAAUGCCUGCAUCCUCAUCAUCGCAUCUGCCUGCCAUGAAGACAACGGCAGCUACUUCUGCUCCCUGUCACGUGCCUUCAACUGGUUUUAGAAAUGGGGAACAAAAGCUUUCUGCAUUUUCCCGUGCAUUCCCGAUGCAAAGCCCUCGGCAGGGACAACAACUGCCCUAGGAGGAAUGGAAAAACUGCCCCGGCACGCUUGAGCGAGACGAGCGGCGCUGCGCCGUACUGAGAGCGCGGCAGCUUCCUCCUUGACCAGUGACUUUCACUGAUGAGCAUCAACAGCCCAGUGUGGUGUGAGACCUGCCCCGGCUCAGUCCGGGAACGCACGGGAGCGGGGAUCUGCUGCUGUGGUGGGAGGACGGGGAGCUCUGCCAUGGCCUGGCUUUCCUGGGCUCUUCCAGCACUCGGCACAAUGCGGGCUUGACCCCAGUCUGGGCUUCUGCGCAGUUUGUCUCACAGAUAAUAAAGGUUAAU